AUGGCUGCCAACGACUACUAUCAGGGAGAGUCUAUGGCUCAAUCAUCGCAGUCUACCCGGCCGCAAAAAGAAAGACCUGUCUCGCAUAUCGCGUUCGCCUAUAAUCCCCAAAACAGCUCUUCUAACCUCGAUCAGUCACGGCUCUCUCAAGCAUACAGUGCCAGACCUUUGUCUAAUUUCUACGAACCUUACGACCCUACCAGACAAUCUGUACACUCAGACACGAUACCGCUGAAGCAACAGUCCAGACUCAAUACGAAUCAAGAUGUGCCUGACUGGCGGAAUCAGUCCUCACAGUAUCCUCCCUCUCCCGACUCGAAUUCACCACAUUUGCUGCCAGAUUCAAAAGGAAGGAAGAAAACGGAAGGUUCUUUUGCAAACUUUUUCAAGGGAAAGAUACCAUGGGUUGUGUACACUCUGAGCUUGAUACAAAUUACAGUUUUUGUGGUUGAGAUAAUUAGGAAUUCGAUCAUUACAGGGUCUCCCAUCAUGAUCAAGCCGCAAUUCAAUCCCAUGAUCGGGCCUUCGACAUAUGUGCAGAUUAACAUGGGUGCUCGAUUUGUGCCAUGUAUGCGGACUACACCCGGCGUCCAAGACAGCCCCGACCCUCCUACUUGGCCAUGUCCUAAUACCACUACAUCCGAUCCAAACUCACCAAGCAACCACUGCGAUCUCAAAACCCUGUGUGGAUUUUCUGGUUUCAGUAACGAGCAUCCGAACCAAUGGUUUCGGUUCAUCAUCCCCAUGUUUCUACAUGCGGGCCUUAUUCACAUUGCAUUCAACUUGCUUUUGCAACUUACCAUGGGUCGUGAACUGGAGAAAGCAAUUGGCAGCAUUCGAUUUGCCAUUGUGUAUUUCAGCUCGGGCAUCUUUGGAUUUGUCUUGGGCGGGAAUUUUGCAGCCACGGCUAUUGCAUCGACAGGAGCAUCGGGAUGUCUUUUCGGCAUCCUUGCUUUGGUUCUCCUGGACUUGAUCUAUGGCUGGAAUGAACGACGCCAUCCUGUCAAAGACUUGAUGUGGAUCAUGGUAGAUAUCGUCAUCUCGUUUGUUCUGGGGUUGUUGCCUGGCCUGGACAAUUUCUCUCACAUCGGGGGUUUCCUGAUGGGCCUUGCGGCGGGAAUAUGCCUUCUACAUUCUCCCAAUGUCCUUCGCCAGCGCAUCGGCGAAACGACAAAUCUUAACACUGGGUCCUAUCGAAAUGUCGGCUCAGAUGCAGACGUGAGCAUUAACCCCAAGGAUCCGAUGCUGGCGUCAUCGUCCCCAACCGCAUCCAAACCAGUUACAACGGCGGUACCCGCUGAUGUGGUUGCCUUUGCCAAACAACCCGUCGGUUUCUUCAAAGGAAGGAAGCCCUUGUGGUGGGCUUGGUGGCUGUUUCGUUUGGGGGCGUUGAUUGGCGUGUUGGUAGCAUUCAUUGUGCUCCUGAACAACUUUUACAAGUACCGCGACACGUGUUCGUGGUGCAAGUAUCUGAGUUGUUUGCCAAUCAACAAUUGGUGCGAGAUUGGGAACCUGCAGUUGAGCAAUUCGACGAGCAACUCGUCGAAUUUGAGUCGGAGAGCAGGGCUGUUGUUGAUGGAAGGAUGGGAAGCAACCAGGGCACAUAUGAUAUGA